CAGUCUAAAUAUAGAUUAUUCCUCAAUUGGAAAUAUUAAAACCCAUAACAGUAUGUUUCACAAGUUCCUAGUUAUAUGAUACUGAAUGACAGAAACGUGCAAAUCCUAAAUCUUCUCAUCCAAUUUUAAGUGUAAUCGCACGCAAAACUACCACAACCACCUAUGUCAGAGCGCACUUGUGGGGGGAGGGGAUGAUGAUAUCUAUAAGAGAGCUGGUUAGCAGAGGAUGACCACAAAUCAUUCACAAUCAACUUGGUGACAAGAGUUUAUCAGGAAAUAUCCUAUACUGUUCAGGAAUUACUUCAAGAGAUAGAUAUAAAUAUGAACUUUAAUGACCUUUUCGCAGACCGGGACAUUUUCAAAGAGGUGAAUGGAAGCGUACACUCUUCGUCCGGACUUGAGCGGAGCGUUCCGGAGGGUCACAGGAAGAGAAAGAGGACCAUCUUCAGUCGCGCUCAACUUACAGAGUUGGAAAAAGCGUUCGCUAUGACGCCGUAUCCCGACAUCACUCUGCGAGAAAGACUGGCCGCGUUGACGCGCUUACCGGAAAGCAAGAUACAGGUUUGGUUCCAAAACAGACGUGCCCGCAGCAUUAAAAGUACCAAACCAACUAAGAGAGGACAAAGCAGUGGUAUCUCUGUGAGUUGUACCUCAGAUUCUCCUUUUCUAUGCAACACCUUUAGUUCCUCAAACAAUCAUGAUAUAUCUAGACCACAUCAAAGUCAUAUUGGAGGACAGCAAAACCACACGGACUGGGUCAAACUUCACAGCACUCCCUUGGUCCAAGAGGUUUACACCAGGGCACCAAACUUUCCAGAAAUGCUGGCUUGGGAGAAUGACCAUAACAGCAUGCACCUGGAAUCUUUUGGAGUUUCCGGAUGCAACAGCAACCAAAGUCAUUCAUCCUUGAUAAGUGCAAAUGGAUUCUCACAGCCCUGCACUAUCACCCCAGGAUAUUGGCACCACAAGGCACACUCUGUGCCCAAGUCAAAGGUCAGAUAUGCUCACAUUCCAGAGGACCAGACUGUUCCUCCACAUCCACAGCAAGCAUAUUGGGAUGAGAGCAAGGGACAGGGACAUCUUCUUGUGGGCACCCAAACCUCCAUGGGAUACAUCUCUGACUUGAUCUAUAAUGCAGCUGUUGUAACUAACUUUAUGGAGUUCUAGUAUCUUUUACUGACAUUGUACAUAUAUUUAGUUUGUUAAAGACUUGUGCAUCACCUGUGUUGUAUCCAGAUCUCAUCCUAUCCUAACCAAUCAUCGGCAUGUUUGUGUUACAUGGUGUGAGGCUCUCAAACAUGCUCACAUAUAUGUCAGAGGAGUUUGCAUGCAUGUAAUUUUUUUGUCUCACUUAAUUCAUGUCAUGCCAAAGGCUAGAGGUAGAGUUCUUCCAUGAUAUCCGGAUUAGAAUUUUUUUGUCUUUGCAGAUAUCUGGCAUGACCGAAAUGAUUAUUUUUCAGAGUAAAAAUAUUUUCCCAUGAAUGCCAAUGGUCAGACAAAUAAGAAAUAAAUUAAAAAUAUCCAAAGCUCAAGGAC